AAUUUUAAAAAGAUCCAAAACAAAAUGGAAGAUUAUGGCGAUACAAGUGGAGGGGGUGAAGGCAGCGGCAGCGCAGAAAGAUUUGAUGAUCGUCCACUCAACGGACUUGGAGGGUAUGGAGAUGAAGAUUACUCUGAUGUCAAGUCCUUGGUAGCCCAGAAUAAAGGGCAAAAUCAACAGCAGGUCGAGAAUUUCAACCAAUUUCCAGAGAUAACUCCAGAGACAGUCACGAAAUUACAAGGGCUUGGUAUUUCUUACUUGUUUCCGAUCCAAGCAGAGUGAUUCAGACCUAUUUAUUCAGGAAAAGAUGUUAUUGGCAGAGACCUAACUGGCUCAGGAAAGACCUUAGCCUUCUGUGUUCCGCUAGUGGAAAAAUUCAGGAAGGAAGGACUCAUAGGCUCAGGAAAGAGCUCUCUAAAGGCGAUCAUACUAGCACCUACGAGAGAGCUAGCUCUACAAGUCUCAAAGGUUCUGAAGUGUCUCAGGCACCACGGUGAUGAAUUUAGAGUGAUAACUGUCUACGGUGGCGUUCCAAUCCAUGUCCAAACCAAAGAGCUUCAGAGUGGGGUUGAUUUCUUUGUAGGCACCACCGGUAGAGUCAUGGACCAUAUUAGAAGAGGAAACAUCAACUUCACCGCUAUGAGAGCUGUCGUGCUUGACGAAGCUGAUCAAAUGCUCAACAUGGGAUUUGCUGAAGACAUUGAGACAAUCAUGAAAUCUUUGAAGGAGAAGACAAAUACCAAGCAACAGUUUAUAUUGUUCUCAGCAACGAUCCCAGACUGGUUCAAGAACACUGCUGAGAACUAUAUGGAAGAAGACUACUUGUAUAUAAACCUUGCAGAGAAUCUGAAGAACAAGACUCCAAGGAAUGUUACUCAUAUCUUAGUGAGAAUUCCUUCGUCCCAAAGAGAAGAAAUUCUUGCAAAAGUAAUGGCAAGAUAUCUCGAGAACGACAAAUCAAAGGCAAUCGUGUUUACAACUACUAAGAAUGAUGCAAGAGAGAUCUCCCAGUCAAGUGUGUUUGGAGGCAAAGCAGAAGCUCUGCACGGAGAUGUCCCUCAAAGAUCAAGAGAGUUUGUGCUGAAGAGGUUCAGACAGGGAAGAACCAGCGUUCUUGUAGCAACAGAUGUUGCUUCUAGAGGUCUAGACAUCCCAAGAGUUGAUCUUAUCGUUCAAAUUGAGCCUCCAAGGGAUCCAGAGCAGUACAUUCAUAGAUCUGGCAGAACCGCAAGAGCUGGCAAUGCUGGAGUAUGAGUAACCUUUUGUGAUUCUAGGGAUGAACAAUGGAUUGAAAAGAUCAUUGACCAAGCAGGAAUCGAUUUUAAAGAACUAGAUUGGGAAAAUAAUACAGACCAUUUUCCUAGUCACAACAGUAUGGAUGGAGGCUCAAGCGGAUCAAGAAGCUUGCUUAUAGGUGUUCCUGGGUUCAUCACUUAUCAAGUUGCCGGACUUUUUGCUAACAAAGGGGACGCUUACAACAAAUGUAUUGAAGUUUUUGGAAGACCUUUGACUGAUAGUUUUAAAAAUACAACCCCGAUUGACCAUCCGAAUGCAAUCAUCUUCGAUAUUAUAGAGGCGAAAGAACAAGAGAUGGUAGAUGCCUACGAGAGGGCUAGAAGAGAAGGCCCAGUAGGAUUUGAACUAGAGAAGGUUGUAUCUUUGCCCACUGGAAAGUAAUCUG